AACUACUUGGGGUUCAGCGGGUUCAUCUGAAUUCUAGAUAGCACAUGAAUUAUUCAUUCACAGGAAUAUAUGAAGGUUUUUUUUUAGUAACGCAAAAAAUGAUGAUUCUGUCAGCAUCCCUGAGCCACAGUGUGUCGGUGUGUUUCCCUGGCUGUGGGUGGAGGGAACUGUCUUCACCGAUCGCUACCGAUCAUAUCACUUGAUUGGUUUAUUAGCCUGAUUAAUGGUUCUCUGCCUGAUUUUUCCUCCUUCACAUCCCUGAGAGUACAAUGAUGAAGCACGUGGUGGUCGGACGGGGUAGUGCAGCGACUCAUUUUUGUCGGGGUGUCAUCUGAGGACUCGAUUGUUGGGGUGUCAUCUGAGGACUCUUUGCUUUACGCUCUUUAUGCUUUAUGGGUGGUUUCCUCGUCGGAUGCUUUCUGUCUGUCUUUUUUUCCCUCCGUGUAGCAGAUCAGCAAAUAUUUGAAUGCCCGUCUUCCUUAAGUUUCACCAAGGUUACGCAGGGCGACCUCGUGUCACGGUCCCCUUCCUGCCAUCCGUCUCCAUCCUCUUUGAACUUGGUUUCUCAGGUUACCAAACAUGAAUUAAAAAGGGAGGAGCCUUCCAACGAUCCAGCCUCCCCCCCGACAAACAAACAUAUCCGCCCUCCCCUUCCUCCCCCAUUCCCGUGUGUAUUACGAGUGCAGCAUCUUGCCAUGCAUACACAUGUACUCUGCUAAAUGACUCUGGCUGCAGAGAGGAGGCUGGGGGGAGGAAGGGGAGGAAGGGGAGGAAGCAUCGAGAGGAAGGGAAGGCACAUAGAAAGAGAGAGAGAGGGAGAGAGAGCAAGAGAGAGAGGGAGAAAAUGGGAGGCAGCAUCACCCACCCAGACUGGGAGGAGGAGGGGAGGACAGACAGCAGCGUCCCUUUUAACAGACAGAGGUGGAAGGGAAAAGUGGGAAUGAGAGGCAGACGUGAAGGGGAGCAGAGGAGCACAAUGAAGGAGUGCCAUUGUCCAUGCUGGCAGCGCUGCCAUUUCACCAUCUGCUGAGAGGAGGAGGAGGAGGAGGCGGCCAAAACGGAGGAGAGAGGGUGGAUGGAGAGGAGCCGCCGGCAGUGACUUUGUGAAUCAAUCGAGCGGAAGAAGAGGAAGAGCGGAUCGGAGGCGCGAGCACGUUUUUCGGGGAGUGGACGGACGGGAAGCCGGAGAAAGAGGAAGGAGAGGAUCUGUUUAAACAUUAAUGUGGUUCUCAUGUGAACAUGGAACCAGGCUUUACAUGACUCGCCAUGGAUUAUCAACUGCAUGCUCUGUAAACCAAAAAAAGGAACUACUUUACAUUGCCAUUCAUUAAAAGAAAAGAAAAAAAACAAGAACACUUAGGGAAAUUAGAUUAGAUUCACUUUCUACAAUUACUUUUUUUCCUUUUUGUGUAAAUGUUUCUGAUUUUCUAUCUUCUAGGAUCAUUAUUAUUGUUAGCUGCUGCACUCGAUAUUCAGGUUGUUUUUAUGCAAGUUUUUCUACACAUCACUUGUCCUUUUAGGUGUAAACGUGUAGCCGUUUAUACGUAGAAAGUGAUUGUUGUUCUUUAAAAAAAAAAAAAAAAAAUCCCAUCCGAAGAGGAGUCGGUGCAUGCAGCCGAUGUGGGAUGUCAACAUUGAUUGGGUUUUUAUGGCUGGUGUGGUGCCGGUUGAAACUUUGAUCAUUUCCUGAACUGUAUUGAUCUUUCUAGGAGUCUGUAGUUUUUCCUGUUUGAAAAAAAGAAAGAGGAAAAAAAAAAGAAAAAAGCUCUAAUGUGGAGCCUUUGAUGCAGCAACUAAUUGCCUGCCAUGUGAUUUGCAGUUAUCUCUUCUUCUCGUGAAGGUUUUUCUGCUGCUGUCGGGACUUCUCAGUGUAUAUAUCCACCGCAGGCAUCUCUUUUUAAUGUCUGUUGCCAUAGCAACGGGCGGCAGCAGCAGACGGAAGAAGAUGUAAAGUUCUUAAUCCUUGUCUUAUCUUUAAAAAACAAAACUGGUGCUGUUCUAUUAGGUAACUGUAUAUAUUCAGUAGAGGAGACUUGAUUAGUCAAGUGCAGUUUUUAGCUCUCACACAGGGUUUGUUGUUGUUUUUUUUUCUUUUUUGUUAGUUUUUUUUUUUGGUCUUUACCAGACGAGGCUUUGUCUCAGCGAAGCUCGCCAGACUCCGUGAAUCAGGGUUGUUUCAGGUCACCUGUCUCCCCCCUUCUCCCCCUCCCCGUUCUGAGGGUUCGUCUGAAUCAGGUUGUUUCAGGUCCGCCCGACUCCCCCUUCCCACCACCCUCCCCCACCUUCCCCCUGCCGCCGAGUCGGCUCAGCCCGGCUUGUCCUGAAAUUACCUUUACCGGUGACCGUUUUCCAUCAGUCAAGGCUGAUGUGCCAUCACCAGGAAGGACUGGAUAAAUCACAUUACUUGUACAUAUCAGUGUGUGCAGCUGCUGGGCCUCCCUACGGCCACUAAUUACCAAUCAUUAUCUGUGGCAGAUUCCUGUUACUGUUUGUCUGUAGGUGACUCAGGAUUUCUCUUCUUGUAGAGGUUCGUCUGCUCUGCAGUCACCUGACCUACACUGUGUUCAGUGCACUGAAACAUCCUGGGCAGGGUUAACUCAGCAGCCCUUUCUUUUCACCUGGCCCAUUAAUGUUGGAUCUUUUAAUCCUCUUGUCUAUUUAAUAGGGACUGUUUUGUUUAUUCCGCAUGCUCGGGCGUGUUUCCUGACUUUUUCCAGCCAUACUUCUUUACAGCUUUCUGGAGAUCGUCCCAGCCUGUCUGGCGGCUCGUGAGUAUGACUGGAUCCUCCAUGGUGCUUUUUGGCCAACACCAGAUGGAUGACUAGCUAGAGUUGCUAGACAAUCCCUCUGUGGUGCUAGACUGGUGUAGGCGACUGUUCCUUUUGCCAUGCGUCCGGCGCCCACUGCAAGCUCCCGCGCUGUACUUUGGGCACAGUUAGAAAAGUCGAAACCAACCCCUUUUUCGUUCGGCAUUACUGAAACAUUGGUGCCAAAUUUAAAACCCGAGGUGCGUGCGAACCUUGUUCUCCUCUGAGGGAGUAAAGGUCGACGGAUUGUAAAUAUGACGAGUGCCUGGGCAGCACUAAGGUGUCAGAUCGUGUAGCGUCGCCUCCUGCUGAGGUGCUUUAUUUGCGGGACUUUGCGAGAGACUGUUAAUGUAAACAGACUGUUGUUUGCCUUCUAGGUUGGACUAUGCAGAGUAUGACUUGUGCGGCGUCUGAGAACUGAGAGCUAACCUGCUGCUCAAUAAGCCCUGCCUUAGAUAAGGAAGAGAGCUGUCCUGGAAUAAAAACACGUGGCUUGUUCAUAUCAUAUGUCAAAACUCUUCUCUCAGGUAUUAUCUGGGCGUGUUAUUUGAACUGGGCGGUAAUAAAGUCACAAGGCAAGAGCACAGAGAAAUCGGCGUGUUUUAAAACUGAGCAUUUUCCAGCUGGGUCAGUGAGUUUGUGCUAACGUUCCUCUGGCGCCAUUCAGGGAACCCUGGGUUGGGAAGUUCAAACCUGACCAAUCAGGUCUCAUUACCAUCACAACAAACCCGCCGGUAGUCGUCAUCAGCCAAUGACCUACAUUCUCCAGUGUUACAUCACCACCGUGCUACUGCAGUGUGUGUCACUGUACCAGACACAGACAGCAUCUCAACCUACCGCUAUCUAAUGGUGCUCCAGAAACACAAAAAAACAUCCUAACCAAGGUGGCCAAUCUUUAGGGAACACACUUGAACCAAGGCACUUGUUUUAGCCAUAUCAGGAACCUCAGUCAGGAAAGGGCCCAACUCUGCCAGCCCAGUCUUAACUUUUACUUUUCUUUUCUGAUUUCUAUCGGUGUCUACGGUGACCAUGCCUAGCCUCUAGCCGUCUUAGAAGGGUUCGGAGAGGCAGUAGUGGACAGGGAUCACCAUUUAUAUACUAGACAGAGGGACUGUUAAACAGGACAGCCUGGAGAACGGGCGAGCAGACGAGGGAGGGGAGGAGGGGGAGAUCAUCUGGAAGAGGAGAGAGGAAGUGGUGGCGAGGGAGAGGGCGGAGGCGCUGGAGAGGCAGAGGUUGGCCGAGUACAUUGUGUGGAGGAAGAGGGAGGACUUCCAGGAUAAGCGAGGAGACAGGGAGAAGGGAGGCAAGAGCGCAGGGAAAGAGAAGGAGGCAGCGCCCGAGGUGAUCUGGAAGAGGAGGGAAGACGAGGAGGGCAGGGAGAGAGCCAGGGCCAUACAGAGAGGGCAUGAAAACAUUUGGAGGAAGAGGGAGCGAGAGUAGAAAAAGGGGAAAGUAGCUGCUAGCAAGAGCUGGAGCCUCGCCAUACAUCCUCCUCUCUCUUCUUUAGCAGCUUCAUUCAGCUCUGCAGGUGCGCGCCGCGUUAGUAUCGACCAGUUGAGGCUGUGUGUUGGUGCUCACGGUCCCCCCCUCUUCUUUUUUUGCAAUCCCCUCGUUGGCUGCUAAUAGGAUUUUUAUGGGCCCGUGUCAAGCAGGAUAGAGCUGCUUCACACGUGCACAGAGAUAAUCAAAGAGGCAUUGUGGGCAGGGAAGGCUUUUGCACUGCAUGUAGACACAUCACACCCCUCGGUGCAGUAAGACACGCAAAGUGAGGGGGCGGUCGGAAAGACAAUCGCUUGUGUUGAUUCUCCAUGGUGCUGGCGACAGCUGAGUAGCUGGUCCUCGCUCAGAGGCUAUUAAGCUGGGACAAGAUACUCACAGAUAUUGUCUUACAUUGUGGCAAAACACCAAGACGAACACUCUGCGGAGCGCCGUCUUCAUCAGUCCCUGGGAACUCGCUGAAGCAGAUUCAAAAGUGAACUGAUGACAACAUGAGCUGCACUGCUGCACUAAAAACUUUCUUCAGCUACGUUCUGCCACUAACUGGGACACCCCACUUUUCCUGCGCGCCUUUCCUCAUCCUGCUUUCAUCGUGGAUAAAGCCGUUUUUAAAGCAGCUCGGUUUUGGCUGCGUGGUAAUGAGUGGAGGACAAACAACCAGACAGAUGGAUGCAGCUCUCAGACGGAGCAAGACAGACAGAUGGCUGUGUGUCCUUUCACAGAGAAACUUUGAAUAGUGAGACAAAGAGACUUUGAUUGAAUCACUAGAGCCUGUGUGGACUUGUGCGGAUAUAAAAACUGACACUGCAGAUUCAUUAUGGAGCUCGUUCCGAAAACCAAGUACACCCACUUUCGGAGUGAAUCGCUGAGUUCAACUGAUGAAACAAACUCCAAUCCGUCUUCGUUCCCUCCGUCCAGUCCCGCCACCCCUCUCACUCCCUCCCCAGGUUUACCUUCCUCCCUCUCCUCCUCGUCUCUCACUCCCAUUUUGCCCCCCUCGUCUCCCCGCCCCGCCGAGAACAGCCCCACCACCCUCUGCUCCUUCUUCCCCAGGAUGGGAUCCCUUCGCCUGGGUGUCUCUGCUACUCUACUCCCAGGACUGAAGGCCUCGAGCAGGUCGCAGCAGCAGCAGCCUCUUCAGGCGCCUGUCGAGUCCUCCGGGGAUGACAGGAGCAGCUCCAGCUCCUCCCCUCCUCUCCAUCACCCUGUUCCCCUUCUAACUGCCCCUUCUCCUCCUCCCCGACCUCCUCUGCAGGACAUGAACCGGCUGGGAGGGGCGUCCAGGAGGGCACGGGUGGAAGGAGGGCAGCUGGGAGGAGACGAGUGGACGCGCCAUGGCUCCUUUGUCAACAAACCCACCCGUGGCUGGCUGCACUCCGACAAUGUGGUCAGCACCACCGGGGUUCCCUACACUGUACGGUACAUGGGGUGCGUGGAGGUGCUGCAGUCGAUGCGAGCGCUGGACUUCAACACCAGAACUCAGGUCACCAGGGAAGCGAUCUCUGUGGUUUGCGAGGCAGUACCCGGAGCCAAAGGAGCCCAACGCAGGAGAAAGCCUUCCUCUCGCUGUCUGACGUCCAUCCUGGGAAAGAGCAACUUGCAGUUUGCCGGCAUGACAAUCAGCCUCACCAUCUCGACCAGCAGCCUCAACCUGCUGGCCUCCGACUGCAAACAGAUAAUCGCCAAUCAUCACAUGCAGUCCAUCUCCUUCGCCUCUGGAGGAGACCCAGAUACGGCUGAGUACGUAGCAUAUGUGGCCAAAGAUCCAGUCAACCAGAGAGCGUGUCACAUCUUGGAGUGCUCCGAGGGUUUAGCCCAGGAGGUCAUCAGCACCAUCGGCCAGGCCUUCGAGCUGCGCUUCAAGCAGUACCUGAAGAACCCCCCCAAACUGGUCACACCUCACGACAGGAUGGCUCCGUUCGACGGCUCGGCCUGGGAGGAGGAAGACGACGAGGCCGCUCCACCUCCGGACGUCCCCUACUACAACAACUUCCCUGGAAAACAGCCUCCCCCCGGAGGACUGGUCGACAUGAGGACCCGCCCAGGGGCCACGCUGCCGUACGGACAGCCGGGUCAGAAUGACAUUCACAAGCAGCCUCUGCCUCCUCUACCAGUGGGUGCCAAAGAAGGAGCUCGGGAGAUGUUCGACGAUCCUUCGUACGUCAACGUGGACAAACCUCGACCUCCAGCUGCAGCCAACGGAAACGCACACAGAGAUGCUUUUGACAUGAAGCCGCUGGACGACGCUCUGGGGGUGUCGGGACACGGCGGUCCGGCCUCGGUGACGCCCUCCCUGGUGCAGCAGCUGCAGUGUGAGACCUGGUUCCACGGCAGCCUGAGUCGCAGGGAAGCGGAGCGGCUGCUGACCCGAGACGGAGACUUCCUGGUCCGGGAGUCCGGGACGACGCCCGGACAGUACGUCCUGACGGGGCAGCAGGGAGGGCAGCCCAAACACCUGCUGCUGGUCGACCCGGAGGGAGUGGUUCGUACAAAAGACCAUCGGUUCGGCAGCGUCAGCCACCUGAUCAGCUACCACAUGGACAACCGGCUUCCCAUCGUGUCGGCCGGGAGCGAAGUGUGUUUGCAGCAGCCGGUGGAGCGCAGGGUCUGACGCAACACACACCAAUGAAAUACUCCACCAAAAAUACACACGGGCAAACACACACACACACACACACACUCAGAAUAUACAAAUGCACACAAAGCAAAAAGAAAAAAAAGCCAAAAAACAGAAGAAAAUCGAACCAGUUUCUGUGCACUCGCUGCUGUCGCCACAUUUCCCCGUCGUUCCUCCAAACCCGGGGCUGCAGUCGACACCCGGCAGGCGCCGAACUAUCCCACCGCUGCAGCUCCUCAGCCUACUGUGAAGCAGGGAGGAGCUUUCACAAAACAAAAUGCAAGGUUUUUUUUAAAAGAAAGAAAAAAAUUAACAAGCAAAUCUAAGAUUGUGGACGAACGGAGCAUCGGAGGGGUGAAUCUUCCCUCCUCGGACUGUCGCUGGAGCGUUUUUAUGGCGAAAGACUGAAUAUAUGAACUCACCGGAGCACUUCUGCAGCAAAAACCUGACUCUGAGAUGAUUCUGGCUGGUGCAUAUGCAUUAAAAAAUAAAAAAGAAGCUUCCAAUCGAAUCAGGAGCGCCACCCGACAACCCCCAAACACUCCCCUUUAAAGGACUUUUGGAGGAAAAGCCUGUAUGCAAAACUGGGACUGCUAUGCCAAUGACCAUCACACAUCAUUUGUCUGAUUACAGGAGGAUCAGAACGGCUGGAUCUCCCACCCCGAUCCCCUUCUUUGUAAACUUCACCUUUCUGCGCCGCCUGUCACGCCAAAGAACACGAACUCGGUCGCUAACGGCAGAAAAGGAAAGCCAUUUAUCUGUGCUUACAGCAUCGGGAGCGAAGAGAGCGAAAUGUUUUCGGGUGAUUGUGCCUCAUCUAAAACAAAAAAAGGAGAUUUUAAGUACACUGAUGUCACCUACAAACACAGAACAUCUUCAGAAGCGUCGAUCCUUUGGACCUGCUGCUUUAACUUAGUAUGUGUUUGCAUUGACAAUCUAUGGGUUCUAUCUUUUUCCAGAGACCGAAACGAUUAUUUCCGUGAAAAUCAAUCAGUUUCUCCCACCGGAAAUCCUCAGAAUCAGCUGAUUUUUUUUAUGUGCAAAAACUUCAGGAUAUUUAAUGAAAUGCAGAAUUUUACCUUCAAACUGUGAAUAUUUUCAGAGUUACAGGAGCUUGAAAUGCGUAAGUCUGCGUGUUUUAAUUUGUAUUACUUUUCCCACCAUUUCUGAGCCUCAUAAUUUCAUAAUUACAGCAGAAAAAUAUGAAGUUUUCAGGGCUGAAAAACACAUUUGAGCUCUUUUAAUAACUGCAACCAAAUAAUAAGUAAAUCUUUUUCAGUUGUCACAAUCUAAAGACUAAAUCUUAUUUAUGUUCUGCAGGAUUUUCUUCUAUAACCAACUGUAAGCAUUAAUUUCAUGGAAUAUAAUAGUUUCAACAGCAAAACUACACAAGUUCAGUAUUUAUGGCUUUGAAUAAUAAUUAUUUUAUAUUUAUUUCAGACAUAUUUUAAAAGUGAUUUUUGGAGAGUUUUUUAUUCAUUUUGUUUGAUUUUUUUUAACAUAUUUAUGACAAGUUUUGUCAUUUCAACAAGAACUAAUUUUGAUAUUUUAGUUGUUUUGAACCGUGAUAAAUUGAGUCAUUUUAAACCAUUUUAUGAAAUUCUGAGCAUUAGGUUUUUUUUUUCAUUUUGGAUCAGAUUUAAGUGUUUUGGACAAUUUUGUUAUUAUUUUGGGAAACUUUCAGUGCAGUUUAGGUGAGUUUAGAUAAGAUUUUUCAACUAUUUUGUGGCUCAUUUUGGACAUUUUUUGUUGUAAUUUUCAAGUUUUGUCAUUUUAACAUGUAAUUAAUUUUGACAUUUUAGUUAGUCUUUUUGUGACAAAUUGAGCCAUUUUGAACCAUUUCCUAUAAUUCUGAGCAUUCUUUUUUCUAUUUUAGACACAAUUUAGGUGUUUUUGACUAUUUUGUAGUGAUUUGGGGAAAUUUUCAAGGCAAUUUACACGAGUUAGAGAUAUUUUUUGACCAUUCUGGGGUCAUUUUUUUUGUAAUUUUCAGCAAACAGAAGAGAUAACACAGCCUGGGUACCAAUGCUUGUUUCUAUGACUGUUUUAGAAUUAAAUUAGUGCAAUUUUGCUGAAACUAUGACAUAUCCAAUAAUAUUGAUGCUAAAAGUUGGUGAUGGAAACCAUGGUGCACAAAAAUGAGAUUUUGCCUUUAGAUUGUGACAGGUGGAGUGGAGGUAAAAUUGAUUUGGUUGCAGUUUUUAAAAGAACUGAAAUGUGUUUUUCAGUCUUGAAAAUGUCAUAUUUCUGUCUGCUGUACUGAUGGAAUUCUGAGGCUCAGAAAUGAUGGAAAAAGUCCAGUAAAAAUGAUAAAUUUGGACGUAUAACUGAAAAUAUUGACAGUAUGAAAGUAAAACUCUGCAUGGCUUUAGUAAAUAUACCAAACUUACUGCAGAUAAAGAAUUAUCUAAUUCUGAGGAGGUCAGGUAGGACUUUUUCUCAGAUUUGGUUGAUUUCAAAUGGAUUAAACCCCUUUUAAACGACGGCCGAUGAGAAGAGUUGAACGGUUCGAAAGCAAUGAAUUUCCCUCGGCAAAAAAUAAUGCAAACUCUGUCAUAGUAGCUGGUUGUGUCGUUUCUGUGUAUUGUGAUGUUUUUUUGCUCUGAAUCACUUGAGGGAAUCGAUCUUUUUUGUAUGAGACGAAGCGGCUCGGGUGUAAACGACUGAGAGACGAAAUGUUGCUCCUCGAUUGUGCUGUUUUUGUCGUUUUAAUUCUUUCUCCACAAACUCUGGAGGGAAAACCUGGAGGGAGAUGUUCACGCUCUCCCACGGCUCAUGGUGUUGUUUUUUAUAUAUCUUUUUAAUCGUGCCUUGUUUCCUUCAAUGCAGUCACGUCACUUCAAUGCAGUCACCUUAUGUACUUAAUUCUACGGAAAAAAAAAACAAUCUCAACACAGGUCUCUCUCUCAGUUUCAGCAAAGACUCUGCAAAAACGGCACUCGGACAGAAACACACACAGAUCCAGUGAUGGCAAUCUGCUCUGAUGCACAUUCUUGCAUUCAGCUUCUAGUCACAGAUACUUGAUGUCACCGUCGGGGAAGGGGUGAGGGUAUUUCCUGAUCAUCUGUAAAUAACAUCAGAUUUUUUUUAAUCAUUUGGAGCUUGAUUCUUUUCUUUUUCUGUGUAUUUAAUGACUUAUUUGAUGGGUAACACAGAGCCAGACGCCACAGCAAGCGACGGUAACGCCAGCUGAAACACACACACACACACACACACACAAAAAGUCUGAGAAGGGAUCGACAGCCUAAACCUUAACCGCCAUGGAGCAUGAAAUGGAACACACACACACACACACACACACACACACACACACACACACACAUACCAGAGCGACAGCUGGGUCGCGCUGUUCACGCGUUUGUAGGUCACAUAGGGAAACCGUGUGCUGGAACAAACCCUGUGUUUUAUCAGUGAACUGGUCCUGUGUUAUCAUUGUUCAUCACAGUUGCCUUUUGUUGCAUGAAAAACAAACAAAAAAACCCAGAAAUCUGUGUUGUUUGUUGUUGGUGAUGGUGAUAGUUGUUGAUUGAUGCUGUUGUACUUUUUCAUUUUUCUUUUUUUGUUGUUGAAAGCCAAAGGUUACUUUCGAAUAGCGUGCACAGAUUAUUGAUUUUUACUUUAUAUGGUUCUGUUUUAAUACUUUUUUGUUGUUGUUGUUGAUGUUGUUGUUGUUUUUUUGUUUUGUUUUUAGGAAAAUAUGUCUGUUUACACCUAUAUCUGAAAAUAUAGAUUGCAUAUAUAAAUACAUAUAUCAUUCA